AUGCGAUUUCCGGUUUCCAUUCUGUUCUUGAUUGCGACAGUCUACGGACGACUGGUGAACGUCACCCUCGAUGAUACCUCGUCGCAGAUCAUCUACAACAACCCACCAUACCGAUGCACCACCAGUUCUAUCUGUGACACCAACUUCCAGUCGGGACUCUUCAAUGAGACUUCGUCGACCACCACUACCAUGAUUAUUAUUCCGUUCUCGGGGACGGCGGCAUACGUUUAUCUUGGUAUCAAUGGCACGGCAAUCUUCCAACUCGAUGGUCUUUAUGUCGGGGAGUACGGCGGAACCAACGUGAACACGAUUACACCUGCGCUCGCGCUCCACAACCUGUCAGACAGACUGCAUGUUUUGACCAUCGUCGGAGUCGACCCGGUUCGAUGGGACAUUGCAGCAGCAGUUCAGUUGGAUUCGUUCGUUUACACGUCGAAACGAGCGACAAAUCAUACGGGGGCCAUCGUUGGCGGCGUUGUUGGGGGGCUGGUAUGCAUCGCGUUGAUUUAUCUUGGAAUGACGCUGCUUCGUCGCCGACAGCAAAGCAAACGGGCAGCACGCGGAUCGUGGUUUCGAGGAAAGUGGACAGAUAAGCCAAGUAUUCAGAUGGAGGGGAUGGAGGUGCAGAAAUGA